AUGAAGGAAAUCGGUGGAAGCCUCCCAGGACAUAAAACCUGGGUGGCUGCCCCUCCCUUCUUUCCUUCCCUCAUCCUACUCGACCUCACACUGCUCCCAGCACUGGUAGACGUCGAAGCCUCAAAAAAACCGUUAGAAACCAAGUACAAAAUUCGAAAGCACACCAUGCCACCCAAGGCCGGAUUGUCGACGACCAGGUCAACUCGACGUGCUCCCAAGACACCGGAGCAGAAGGCGCGAGAGGAAGAGGCGAGGAAGCUCAGGGCGGAGGAGAGGGACAAGGCGAAACAGCAGAAGGCCGCUCAGCAAGAGGGCAGCAAGGGGGGGAAAGGCAAGGGGAAGGGUAACAAGCGAAAGAUAACCAGCAGGGCUUUCAUCGAAUCGGACGAGGAGGGUGAUGAAGCAGAUGAGCCACGGCCCAAGAAGGCAAAGACGACUGCUGUGGAUGGAGGAUCAGCUACUAGCCAGGUCGGCGAUGACGAGGAUAGGGCCGCGGAUAGAGGAUCGGCGGCUAGCCAGGUCGGCGAUGAUGAGGAUGAGGCUGCAGCUAGAGGAUCGUCGAGGGGACCAGCGGGCGAUGACGAGGAUGGGGCCGCGGAUGGAGGAUCGGCGACUAGCCAGGCCGGCGAUAAGGAGGGUGGGGCUGCGGAUGGAGGAUCGGCGGCUAGCCAGGUCGGCGACGACGAGGAUAGGGUAAGUGGUUUCCAUUUCGUCUGA